GCAGGCACAGUGAUCUGACAGCACGCGCACGCGCGCGUCUGUGACAGAGUUUCGCCAUUUUGAACACAAACAUAUGAACGAUUUUUAUUUUCCGAUCCCCCCUUUCCCUCGCCUUGCGCGUGAGCGGCCGAGAUAACUCUGCGUUGUGACUAAGAGCAGAAUAAUUUCCUGAAAACUCAUUUAUCGAUAAGAGAGAGCAGAAAAGCAACUUUAGUGAGGACGAUGGCUCGCGCUCUGGGCAGAUAGUUGAGAGGAAAACGGUCUCGUGGCAGCUGCGGGGUUUCACAGAGCGCGCGCGGGGCAGCAGCAGCCCGUCUGAAGACACUCACAGCGGGGUGUCAGUCCGUCUGAGGCGUGUAUUCGAGGAAGGCCUGGUGGGAAGUGGACCUCAUGCAGAUUAAUGCUAGGUCAUUCUGUGCUCUCUGCAUUCUGCCACUCAAAUGCCUGUCUGCCUGUGGAGGAGGUGUAACUAAGGAUUCACACGUUUCAUCAGCUGGCCUGGGCUUCCUGCUGCAGCAGCCACCGCCGCCAUCAUGUUCUGGAAGUUUGACCUGAACAACACCUCCCAUAUCGACCAGCUGCUGGAUCGAGAGGGAGUGACUCUGAGAGAGUUGAUGGAAGAGGAGGAUGUCCUGCAGGAGUGCAAAGCACAGAACCGCAAGCUCCUGCUCUUCCUCUCCAAGGAUCACUGUAUGCAGGAGCUGGUCACCCUUAUUACGGAGGAGCCCCCAGCUGACCUGGAGGAGAAAACUCGCUUCAAGUUUCCAAACAUAGCCUGUGAGCUCCUGACCUCUGAUGUGGCUCUUAUCAAUGAUAAGCUGGGUGGAGAUGAAUCCCUUUUGGAAAAGCUCUACCACUUUCUGGAGCAAGAGCCACCCCUUAAUCCCCUGCUGGCGUCCUUCUUCAGCAAAACCAUCGGCAACUUGAUUGCACGUAAAACAGACCAGGUAAUCUCUUUCCUAAGGAAAAAACACAACUUUAUCAGUCUGGUGCUGAAUCACAUUGAUGCCUCGGCCAUGAUGGACCUUUUGCUGCGCCUCAUCAGCUGUGUAGAGCCUGCCCCCUUGAGGAUGGAGGUCCUCAAUUGGCUGAAUGAGGAGAGACUCAUCCAGAGACUCACAGAGCUCAUGCACACAGGGAGAGAUGAAGAGAGACAAUCUAAUGCAUCCCAGACUCUUUGUGACAUCAUUCGACUUAGUCGAGACCAGUCCAAUCAGCUGUCAGAGGUCACCGAACCAGACCCCUUACUCGCUGUCCUGGAGUCACAAGAGAAUGUGGCGGAGCUUUUGAAGAACAUGUUUGAAGGGGAAAGGACUGAAGCGUCUGUCGUCAAUGGAACGCAAGUGCUUCUUACGUUACUGGAGUCACGAAGGUCAGGGCUGGAGGGUCUGAUGGACCUGUAUUCUCAGGGAUGUGAAAGGUCUUACACUGUCAACAGCAGUAUUUUACGUGCUAUUGAGCCUCAUCUAAAGGACUUCCAGCAGCUCCUACUGAACCCUCCUACGAGAAGUGCAAUACUCACUACAGUGGGCGUUCUGGAGCAGCCCCUGGGGAGCGCCCGCCUUCAUGUGGCCAGACUGGUGGCUUCUCUGCUGCAGACUUACGACCUCAGCAUCUGCCAAGAGAUCUGCAGACUCAACACCAUGGACCUGCUGUUGGAUUUAUUCUUUAAAUACACCUGGAAUAAUUUCUUGCACUUGCAAGUGGAGCUGUGUGUGGCAUCCAUCCUGAACCACUCUGCCCAUGCGGACCUCCAGAACCCAGGUCUGCAGAACCACGAGGAGAGAACAGGCACAGGCAGCCAAGCGGAGGAGGGAACACCUGACCAGAACAGCACCUCAGACCCAGCAAACACGCCCAUUCAGGAUGCUCUUGUUGCCAAUCUCUUCCAGCAUUGCCGGCUGGUGCAAAGGAUUCUGGAUGCUUGGGAGGAAAAUGACAAAAUUCAGGCUGAAGGAGGAAGGCGAAAGGGAAACAUGGGUCACCUGACAAGAAUCGCAAACACUGUGGUUCAAAACCUGGAGAAAGGGCUGGUUCACUCUCAAAUUAAUGACCUAAUUAAAGAGCUGCCAGAAGACUGUAGAGGCCGCUGGGAGAGUUUUGUGGGUGAGACUCUGAGAGAGACCAACAGGAGAAACACAGUGGAUUUGGUGAGCACCCAUAACUUACACUCAUCUAGUGAAGAUGAUGACAUGGAGAGCCCCUUCCCCAAUGAUCUGUCCAUCCAACAGGCGUUCUCUGAUUACCAGAUUCAGCAGAUGACCGCCAAUUUUGUGGAUCAGUUUGGUUUUAAUGAUGAGGAGUUCAGUGAACAUGAUGAAAAUAUCAAUGCUGCGUUCGAUCGAAUUGCUGAAAUUAACUUCAAUAUAGAUGCAGAUGAUCAUAGUGCCAAUGCUGCAGCUUUUGAGGCGUGUUGUAAAGAAAGAAUCCAGCAGUUCGAUGACUGUGAGGAAGAGGAGGAUAUUUGGGAUGAAAAAGAAAUAAACUAUGCAACACAAAUCAAAUCCAGAUCGAGGUUUGGGGUGUCUCUUUCUUCAGAUAGUUCACCCAAGAGUGCAGUGAGGAAUGGGGGUGGAGGCCGCGGGUCGGCCUCUGAGGAAGAGGAAGUUGAGGAAGAGGCCAGUCCUCAGCAGUCUGCAGCAGCUCAGACUCAAAAUGCAGGCUGGACGGCGAGUUUUGGCGGGACAGAGGUGAGCUCCUCUAGCUCCUGGGGUACCUCCCCUCAGCAGGGAGGUGAGGGUCCACAGGACACAAGCUGGGCCUCCUUCACUGAGUUCCAGCCUUUCAGCAGCACAGAGUCCAGCCAGACUGAGGGACAACCUCAACAAGGCCAAGAGAAGAACACGGCUGGCAGUGGUUCGGCUACAGGAGCGUGGGAAGGAAGUCCUGGGCAAAAAGCCCCUCUGGUGGCCUCAGACAGCAGCUCGUCUGGAGGCUCAGACAGUGAAGAGGACCCGGGAGAAAAUAAGACAGAGGGUUCCCCUAAACCACCUGCCAACCAGACAACAGCACCCUCGAGCGAGGUGCCUACUGAAGCUCUGGAGAAGCUCAGCAUCACAGACAAUAGUGAGUCUUCAGCGUCUACAGAAGAGUCAGACGCUACCACUGUGACGGAGACAAGAGUCGAGGCACCUGCUUCAGCUGAGAUCACACCUAACGGACCGGUUUGAAGGCUCUGAAUAGGAGUCCGACCCACUCUCCGCCUCUUCCAUUCUGAACCCCCAAACCUCAAUACCACUUUUGGUGUUUAAAUAAAGAAUGCUGCCAUGUUAUUGGUCCUGGAUACUGCCAAUCAGCCCAUAAUUGGAGGAGGAAGCCAGGGGCAUGUAACAAACCAGUAACCAGUACAGUGCUCAGAGGUGUUAGUCUUUUAAUCCUUUCAACUUUGUAUGAGAUAUGCACAGUUUUAAAUGUAGCAGUGACCGUGUGAUUACAGGAUCUGUCAGGACUUCUUUUUUUCCUCGGUUUGUGUCCCUCCCUUAAUUUUCCUGGAUUCGCUUUUCUUUUUUUUUUCGCUCGCAGCCUUGGAUGGUAGAAAACAAGGAUGUGAAGGUCCUAAUUGGAAAGCACAGGCUCAUCCUUCACGGCUUAACGUCUUGAACAUCCUCAUGCAAAAUCGAAAGCCUUGUUGUCUGACAACAGCCUCUGCAACAAUUUACUGUAUGUUGAAGCACAACUGAAUUGUUCUGUAAUGCUUGACACAUUUCUGCACAGGUCACCGCCCCUGCCAAGUUCACUUUUAAGAUUUUUUUAAACAUUAUUAUGGCCUAAUCUUAUUAAAUCAUGUAUUUGAAUGUUCUGAAGUGCUUUGGGGCAGAAAUGUAUGACACGGUGUCCACGUCGGCACCUGUGCAGUAAUGUUUAGUCAAUUAAUUUAAAUUUGACUCAUUCGGACACUAUACAUUUAGUGGUGGGGGUGUGCCUCUUUGAAUUUUUUUGGACUUUUUCAUUGCAUGCAAAACAUUAUUUAUCAAGCAUAUACAAGCAGUUUGUUUUUCCCAACAACGUUCUAGCUAGUUAGUCAAGACCUUCUGAUUGUAUUGAAUUACUUUUGUCCGUUUUUUCCCCCCUCCCCUCAGAUCAACUAAACAGUUUCUAUCUAAUUUUCUUCAUUUUAUGCUUAAGCUUUCCAAAAAUUGAAUCAUGGGUUUAAAGCAAAAAGCUUAAAGUAAUCGUAAUAACCUUUGCCUUAAGUUACAAAUCCUUCAAAUCCUCCCUGUUAAAGGACAGAAGGGUUUGCCUCAAAGCAAACAGGCUUUUUUUUUGUCUGUUUUUAAAUGUCAGCUGGUCUCGAAAAAACCGCCCCCACAAUAUUUUUUUGUAUCCCUGUCCAGCGCCAACGCCACACAUGAUUUUUUCCCCCCAGAGUCCAAGAUAAUUUGCCCCAAUUCUGUAGUAUGAUAUCAAAUACGAAAUACUUCACAGGACAGUGUUAUGCAUCAUCAGUUUUUUUUUUUUUUUUUUUUUAAACCAGAACUCUUGUUAUAUGCUGUCAGAAAGACUUUUCAGACUUGUCUCAGAACCUUCCGGUAGCUCUCGUUGGAAAUACCAAGAUCCACCUCUUUUAAUAUUUCAUCCUGAACAUCAUGUGAUUAUUUUUUCUUCCAGGAAUUUUUUUGGCUAUCACAUUUCACGUAUCAUAUCUCUGCAAGCUUACUAUGGUACCAAAUCUGUUGGAUUACAGGAUUGGGAUAUUGCAUUAUUUAUUUUGCACUUAUUGAGGUGUUAGUAUGGAGACCUGGUCUCCCAUCAUGCAUUGGAACACCGUGUUUUUUUCUCUCUCUCUCGCUCUUCAUGAUCUUUGCCUCUGGAGUGUUUAAAUUCUCCAUUGACUCUGCUUCUUAUAUCUAUGACAUGUUCAAAUAGGUUUGUUUCCAAAGCCAAAAGUAUGUAUUUGCCUUUUUUCUUUAACUGUUAAAAAAUCUUAUUUUUAACUUUAACCAAUAUUAUUUUACAUAUUGUAGAGAUUCUAAUUUAUGUGAUCUUCAGCAACCAAAAUAUUGCUCUGUUCAAUUCUG